AUUUGCUUACAAACAGUCUCAUUAUAACCUCAGCCAGUAUUCUCAAUUGUACGGCAGAAGUCCCACGUUUAUAAAGUCGGAAACAACAUACACAAACGCAUAAAGCGCAUCAGCUAUUGUUGUAUCAUACAGUACUUUAGAGUAGACCUAAACUAAUAUGGCGGUUCGGGACAAAUUUUAUCAAUGCCAAGUUUUGUUGUACACAUUGGUUGUAGCCUGCAAAUGCGCAUCAAUACCUGUUGAUACAAAAGCGUCAAAAAUACAGGACUUAACGAAUCUAGAUUUGAAUUCAGCGAGUAGUUCCUAUUCGCGCCAAUAUUACGACUGGGCUGGAAGCAAUCCAGGUGGUUAUGACUACACUAUUUCUGGGAAUGGUAUAUUAGAUACUGGAUAUGCUUAUGAUUCUAAAGCUGCAGGAGGCUACAAUCCUGUGAGAGAAAGCGCUUAUCCGUAUGGAGCCAAUAAUCCAAGUUAUAUUGGACAGGAUUACGAGUAUCAAAGAGGUGAUAAUUACGAGGGAUAUUCUAAUAAUAUUGGGGGCUUUGGAGGGUAUGGCGGCAAUGGCGGAAAUGGUGGCUUAAUUUCCUAUUACGGUUAUAAUAACCCUUAUUACAAUGAGGCCAAUCAUCUCGGUUACGGAUAUUAUAAUAAAAAGCUCGGUUUCGGAAAUAUUUACAGCAGUGGUGUAACACCUAAUCUGGUGACUGGUUACAGAGGCUACUCUAGACGUUAAUUCUUGUAAUAUGAACCAAACUAGGAAAAUAAAAGCAAUGAAUGGAGUACAAUCUUAUAUUAAUAUACUUAUUGUUGUUAAUUUUUCAAAAAUUUAUGUGGUGCGUGUUAAUGAAUUAUAUUGUUUUGCCAAAGAAAUCGUUG